GUUCCACUUCGUUUGAGAUCCACUGCACACGCUGAUGCACAGUAUGCUGCGGAACCCACCGACAAGCCGGUUGACUGGGACAACGCCAAACCCUACAGCGCCAUUCCUGGGCCAAAAAGCAAUCCCUUCGUCGGAGGCCUCAUGAGUUUCUUGCCCGGUGGAGAGUUCUACAAAGUAAAAUUAGAAGACAUGUUUGACACACUUGCUUCCUACGGUCCAGUGGCAAAAAUGGCCGGCAUUAUGGGGCGACCAGAUAUUGUACUCCUCAGUGACCCAAAAGAAAUAGAAAUAGCACUGCGGAACGAAGGUACCUGGCCAAUUCGCCAAGGGGCUGAUUCGUUGCAAUACUACUUCGAAAAUCGAAGAAAGGGACUUCCUAUGAGUCUUGUGUCAUCUCAAGGAAAAGAAUGGCAAGAGUUUCGGACAGCCGUGAAUCAGGUGAUGAUGCAGCCAAGAAAUAUAAAGCAAUAUGUCGAGCCAAUCGACAGUGUGACCCAGGAAAUCAUUGACAGAAUGAGGCGGAUUCGGGAUGAAAACUCACUAAUGCCAGCUAAUUUUUCAGAUGAACUAGCAAAAUGGGCGCUUGAAUCUAUCACCCUUGUCGCCCUGGAUGCGAAACUAGGGUGUAUCAGUGAUAACCCAAACCCGGAUGGCGCAAAAAUGGUACAAUGUUCGCACACUGUCUUUGACAGUAUGUACAAGCUCGACGUCUUGCCAUCACCUUGGAAAUUUGUAUCAACGCCCCAUUUCAGAAAAUUUACAAAGGCAAUGGAUGGUAUCACAGAGAUAUCAUCAAAAUAUGUCAAAGCAGGCAUGGAGAGGCUGAAAAAUGUCCCAGCAACGGAAUUAAAAGACCGGAGCUAUAGUGUUCUCGAAAAUCUAUUGAUAAAGACGGAAGAUCCAGACAGAGCUGUUGCAAUGGCACUAGAUAUGAUGCUCGCAGGUAUUGAUACGACAUCAACUGUUGUAGCCACAGUCUUGUACCAAUUAGCUACUAAUCCAGAAAAGCAAAAGACACUUCAGGAGGAACUCGACAGAGUUAUUCCAGACAAAAGAAAACCUCUUACAAAGGAACAGCUAGAAGAACUUAAGUAUAUGCGGGCUUGCAUCAAGGAAACCAUGCGAAUUAUGCCAAUUAUUAUUGGCAACAGUCGCACUUCUGUCAAAGACCUGGUUCUCGGUGGCUACCAAAUUCCAGCUGGCACUAUGCUGAACACACCAAAUUACUUUCUAGGAAGGAACGAAAAAUACUUCCCACGAGCGAAAGAGUUUUUGCCUGAACGUUGGCUCCCAGGUGCACCCGAUCUAAAAUGCAAAAAUCCGUUUGCCUACCUUCCUUUUGGAUUUGGACCGCGCAUGUGCGUAGGUAGAAGAUUUGCUGACCUAGAGAUCGAGACAAUCGUGGCUAAGGUUUUUCGCAACUUCAAUCUAGAGUGGAACAAUCCUCCAGCUGCACUCAAAAUGCAGGUUGUUCUUGUCUUUGCUGAUCCGUUGCGAUUCAAAGUGACUGAUCGAGCAUGAAAAACGCCAAUGUAUGAUGGCCAAAACACUGAUACAUGUGUAUUACUAAACAAAGCUGUGAUAUUUCAUAAUAACAUUGAAUAAACAAAAAUACUUAGGAA